AACUUUGCACACUCUAGAUUUCUUAUUGAGCGCGUGGAGUCCGCUAUCGUAAAUAUUACAAUGCGACGUGCGCUACCGUGGUAACCUGAUGAUGGUCACCAAAUGAACCAAUGAGAAUGCGAGCUUACUAUCUGAUUGACAGGAGCUGCACAUCAGACUUCAGCGGAAUCCACCUAGUUAUGUUCUUGGUGUCAAUCAACUGUGGUUCUCGCAUGCUGAUUGGUUAACUUUCUUUUUUAAACUUUGUGUUUGUGACACAGUAGCACUAUAAGGCUUCUAUUUCGCCAAUGCAACAACCGUAAAAAACGAGAAUAACUUAUAAUUGUCAUGUUUACUAAUUUCCUCCAAUCUUAAAGACGAAAUCAAGACUUCUCCACACUGAACGAAUGGAAGCUCAGGCCUAGUGUAGACGCCGUUCUAAUUACGUGUCGUUCCAAAUAUAAAUGAAUGCAAAUGAAAAUGAAACAAUUGACUUCGUUAAUGUGCAUUUAUUUGCAUUUGGAACGGUACAUGAAAAGAACGGCGUCUAAACUGGGCUUCAGUUGCAUGGUAAAUAAUUAAAAUUUUGGCCAGGGUUCAUUAAUAUCUACUUCGUUAGCAAUUUAACGAUUUUGAUACUCAUUUAUCUUAAAUAACUGGGUCAUCGUGUAGAGUAAGGAUAUUGCGGUAUUAAACAAUGCCGCCAGUUUGAACCCUAUUUUCGAUAGAGGUGCGUUCGGAAUAAGAUUUUCAUCUACUUUCAAAGCAACCUAUGGUUUCAUCUCCUCACUCCGAGAUCAUGAUGUUGUCGUAAUAAUGAGUAUAAAACAUGUCUUUGAAGCUACUUAAGCACUUCCCUGGAUAAACACUCAUUUUGAUCACACAUUAAAAAAACAUAUCCCCUUUAAACAUGCAAGAUACUAAAUUGGCCGGGUUCUGAAAAUAAAAAUGAAAUAAAAUCAAAAGAAAUAUGAGGUACUGUAAUAUUAAAAUGGUAUAAUAAAAUUUUUCCAGGAUAAACUUUUUUGGUAUUUCCUUCAAAUUUGGCAUAUAUUUCAAUACACUUCAUAAUGUGUAAGUGAAUGGCAUAAUAAAAUUCUAUCAGAUUAAACGUGUUUUGGUAUUUGCAGUAAAAUCCCCUUUUGCAUAUAUUUCAAUUUCUCUGUAUUAAGGUAUCAAUACCGAAAAUAGAAUACGAAAGUUUCGGGCAUAUCUUUCAGAUAAAGUUGAUAAAUAUGUCUAUGGAUUCGGAAUACACCUCAAACUGCGGUGUUUUUUUUCGAAAAAAAUUUUUUUGCAUAGUCACGAACAAAAAAUAUGAAAGCAAAAAGUAAAUCCCCUUUGAUGACAGGCCACUUUUUCUGAGGUAUCCUUUAUUUUGUCUUUUUGAGGUUAAGGUAUUGUAAUAGUCAGCAUAAGCGAUGGUUUGGUUCAGAUAGCAUAUUACUUCUAUUUCGUUAGCAUAAGCGAUGGUAAAUUCAGAUAGCUGGCUUCUAUUUCGUUAGCAUAAGCGAUGGUAUAUUCAGACAGCUCAUUUCUAUUACGUUAGCAUAAGCGAUACUAUAUUCAGGUAGCGCACUGCUAUUUUCGUUAGCAUAAGCGAUGGUAAAUUCAACACCACUUAUGGCUCAUUUCCCUGGGUUAAGGUGUCAUGAUAGCGUAGAGCUUUUAACUUCGGGUAUUUUCCAAGUUAAGGGAGGCUGCUCAUAAAUCUUAUUUUACUUCUUAUUAUAGUGUUUCCUGACUUUAACUGGUAAUCUAUAAACUACUGUAGAUUUAACUCGUCUACUUUACCAGCUUGGAAGCCAAAAGGUCUGUCUCGAAGAGACCCUUUCAUUGUUUGUACAAGGACAAACUGUCGACUGUACAAGUAGCUCAGCAAAUAUUUCGAUAGCUCUAGCGAACAUUGAUUGAGACCACAUGGGCGCAACACCCCUUGGGGUUCUUUCUAACAUUGUAAGCCCAAAGUUAUCCACUGGGUGGUUUAACUUCAUAGAAAAGCAAUCAAGUUAUUCGACAAGAACUGUAGUAUCAGUAAACAAAUAAAAAUAGAAAAAAUGUUUGGUAUAAUAGCUCUUAGCAACAGAUAAUGAACUUUUAGUUUUCCUGAUUAUAAUCACUCAGACCGGAGCUAUAGUUCUUUUAAUCAAAGUGGUUUCUCCUGCGGUGUUUUCAUUCGAGAAAAAUAGAAAAACAGAAAUGCUAAGCUAUACAGUAUAAAGAUUAUUUGUCGGCGCUUUGAGCUAAGGGUUUGUAAAACCCGGUGUUUUCAUAAAACAUUGAACACUCAAUUCUUCCCUAUAAUUGCCAAAACCCACUGCUUAUAUUUGGUGUUGAUAGCUUUGUGUGUGGAAGUAUUAAAUGCGUGGUUGUGUACCCUCAAAAGAGGUGUCGAAACCACGCAGAAUAUUAAUCAUAUGGAAUAGAAAGGAAUUUUUUCACAAAAACCUGUUAUUCUCCAUGGAAAAUUACCGCCGUCAUUUUCUCAGCUGAUGUAGCUAUGCCAUUAAAAUAGCUCCUGAAGUAGAUGUAUGACCAACUCAUAACAAAUGUGCAUAAUGUAACUAUAUUGAGAGUUCUUAGAUAUAUCAUGUUUUGCCGGUAGCUGUCAGAAGUUUACGUAUGCAGCGCGUUUUGUAUAAUAGGCUAUGUAGGAUUAGAAGUGCGGUCAAAGCCGCGUGAUGAUUGGUGUUCCGCAAGAAAAAAAAACUUCCGAAUCAGUAUUUAAGUAGCGCGCAAUCAAAGGAGCCAAAGCGACUCGUAGCGGAUCAUUGAUAUUGUUUAACAAGUAUUCAUGAAAUAUUAUUGAACGUAAACAGAUUUGCCAUCUGGGUAGGAGUCGGGGAAGAACUUCAAAGAUGAUCGAGUUGACUUCAGAAGAUCGAUUUCGAAUGAGGGAAUAAUAGCGAUUUAUUGUCGGGGGUUGCGAUGGACUGGAAUAAAACAGCUCCCUCUAGCGCGCCUAUUUGGAACGAUACCAAUACCACAGCGGUUGAGGAAACAGAGGCAAGUCUCAACGUUAUCCAGCUUCUCUGCUUCCCCGUUAUCAUAGCGCUUGGUCUGAUCGGCAACUCAGUGAUAUGUUUGGCUGUGUACAACAGGUCGAGGUUACGAAUCAUAGAUUAUUUCAUCAUGAACCUGGCAGCUACAGAUCUGGCCACGUGUAUCAUCAGUGUACCUUUCGAUUUUGUAGAGAUUUUGUCCGCUAAAUGGCCUUUUGGCUCGUUCCUGUGUAAGAUUGUCUAUCCGUUGCAGACGAUGCUCAUCUCCGUCGCUGUGUACACAUUACUCUGCAUGAGUCUUGAGCGAAGACGGGCAAUUAUUCGCCCUUUUAAGCCUCGAAUAAAAAGCCGGCGGGUGCUACUAAUUAUUGCCUUACUCUGGGUCUUUAGCAUCUCACUUGUCGGCCCAUAUAUCGAUGUGCUGGCGCUCAAUACAAAUAGCUCACAGUGUAUUGAACGCUGGCCCGACGCUAUGUACCCGAAGGCUUUCACCCUUUCAGUGUUCGUGGUUCUCUACUUAUUCCCGCUGAUCGUAAUCGGGUCUAACUACGUCGCGAUCAGCGCAAAACUUUAUAAAGAUAUUCAACGAGUUCGUAAAGCGAUCGGUGAGGCUAGCGGUCAUGGGAAGAAGCCGCUUGCGAAAAGACGAUCUCAUCGAAAUAUGCGCAUUGUAAAGAUCUUCAUUGCACUUGUAGUCGCGUUCGCGCUCUGCAUGGCGCCCAAUCAUAUCAUGUGGAUUUGGCAUGACUAUGGGGAUGGAGGGGCAAAUCCUCAUUUCUCAACACUGCUGGUAUUCUCAAACAUUCUCAUGUACUCUAAUUCUGCCAUCAAUCCAUUCAUUUUUGUGUUUCUUCAUUCGCGAUAUUGCAAGGAUUUGUUCCGUUUUUGUCAUUGCAACUGGAGAAAAUUCUGCCCUGCGCGCAAAACCCCAAAACGCCACAUAAAAAAAGUCAACAAAAAGUCCCUCUUCAGUAACAAUAAUUUCAAGUCUAGAUGCCGGCCGCAGACGAAGAGAUACGAUCAAAAACAGGGCAUUUUGCAUCCGCGAAAUCUUGAGAGCAAUCUAUUAUUCAAAGAUCGUGUUUUUGGAAAGAGCUUAGAAAACGUCGAAGUGAGGGCAACGGCAUGGAGGCGUUUUGACGAGCUUGGGGCAAAAACAAAACUUGUUGCUGAACCAGGACUUCUACCAAGACGAAAACCAAGAGUGAAUUUCGGAGGAGAAAAAAUAAUUCAUAUUGACCAGGAAAAUAAUAUUGAAAUGGAAUCUGCUAUUUAGAUAAUCCAGAAGUUAUUUUAAUCUUUCACUCAUGUUUAUUGGAAAGGGUUAAACCGAUUUUAAUGUGACGGCUUGACAAGUCUGUCGUUAAAAAAUGAUAAGAAAACCAUCUGAAAAUAUGAAAAAGCAAGUUAAUCGAUUUUGCAAGGAAAUAAAAAAACAAGUAUAGACAGCCUUAUUUGUUCGAUUUUGCAAGGGAAUGAAUAACAACUACUAAUUAUCGGCUAUUUAAUGAUACCGCUAUACUGUUUCUUCUUAUAACUCAAUUUCUUUUUUAUUGACCAGUUUAAUCUCGAUCCUAUUUUCCCUUACAUCUCGUUACUUUUAGUACUAUGAUUUAUGUGACAGCUAGCUUUUGGUUUAUUGGCUUUUUUGAAUAUCAAUAUUAUCAAUUUUUAAUCUUAGCACACUCAAUCGUAUAUAUUUUCUAGGAGCAUUUCGAGGGUUCCGCUUGUGCAAUGUUGGUGUAAAGUAUCCUAAAGAUUCUACCAUUAGUUUUGUCUCAACUCGCGCAACAGGAAUUUUUUUCCUAGAAAUGCUCUCACUGAGACUGUCUUUCCUAAUGUUCAAUCCCUAAAAGGAAAAAAAGGUGUUUGGUUUAGACUGUUUAGUGUAUGAGAAUAUAACAAUCAUAGUUAAAUUGUUAAGAUGGAAAAUGAGAGCCGAGACGGAGAGUGUCUUUGUAAUGUAGCCUUUACAUGGGCACCCGAGGGAAAA